AUGGCCGACCAGCUCGGCGAGAUCUCGGCCGCCGACGCGGCGAUGCUCUACGACAUCAUCUCAAGCCCGCCGCGCGGGCCCAAGGUCCAUGACGAGCGGCAGCGGCUCGCAGACGCCCAUGCCAAUGGACCGCCCGUGCUCCUCAUGAGCUUGCUCUCGCCCAUGACCAAGAGCGCGUCGGCGUGUUGCAACGGCGGCGGAAAAAAGCGACUCCUCAAGGACCGCAUUCGGAAGCAGCAGAGCAAAGAGAAGUUCCAGACCGAGAUUGACGAGCUCAAGCAGACGGCCGCGACGCUCCACGAAACGCUGUCGGUGGCGCAGGCCGAGCGCAAGCGCAAGACGAGCACCGUGUCCGAGUGGAAGUCGAAUGCGCUUGUCGAGCGGGGCCGCGUGCAAGAGGCGAUCGCGACGCGCACGUCGCUCUUCAACCAAGUCGUCGAGCAGGUCGAGAAAGCCGUGCUCUUCAAGAGCCUCUCGUGGCGUCGAUUCGAAGGCGAUAUGAUCAUCGAUCCCAAGCGGGAUCCGUGGCAGCUGCACACGCUCUCGAACGCGUACCGCGACCAACACGUGCUUGCGCUCGCCGAAUUCCAGCGGGAAAAGGUGACGCCCGACCUCUUUAGCCGCUUUGCCUCGUCGUCCUCCGCGGGCAUGUUCAACCUCGUGCUCGAUGACACGAACCAACACAUUGCAUUCCUCGAGCAGCGCAAGUACGGUGUCAUUGAGGGCCACUACGCCGACAUUGCAAGAACCAUCUACGACGCCUUCUCGACGACGACAGGCGAGGGCCGCGAGGCUAACUUUUACGGCAAGGACUUGGUGCUCGCGACCUUUCCGUGGGGCGGGAUCCGACGGCGCAUCUGCAUGCAGCUCGUCCACGACGGUGACCGCGUCUUCCUCAUGCACCGCAGCAUCCUCUACGACGAGACGCUGCAGCACAAGAUCGCCGAGCACGUUGCGACGUGGUGGUGCUUUGAGCCGAUGCCAGACGCGCCGGGGACAUGCCUGCUACGCGGCUACUCGCAAGUGGCGCUCGACACGCCGCCGAGCAGCGCGAGCCACGAGUAUGCUGUCUUUAUGAAGCGGUCGACCGAGAACGAGGUGCGGGUCAACCACCUCCUCUCGUCGCGCUUCAAAUGCUUGGAUCUCAAUUAG